GGCAGCUAUGCAAUCGAGAUAUUCCCAGAUGCUCACAUUCGUUGCGACUUUGAUACUGACUAUAGUAUCGGGACACGGCCGGCACUCUGGACAUGGACACGGACAACGUGCUCACACAGCCUGGACCGGAGUGGUCCCGUCCUACGUUUCGUUCGACAUGUACGGGAACUGCUAUGCGCACGAUCGUCCCUUGGUGGGACGUUGUGUGAGAUAUAGAGACUGCAUCAGUGCGGUGCGAUCCGGCCAUCAAGUGACUCCGCUAUACUGUACAUCGUCCGGACAGGAACUGCUUGUGUGUUGUCCCCACGGCGGAUACGUGUUGGCGGAAACAAUCCAAUCAAAGAGUGAGCAAGCUUGCUCGAAAGCCUACCAGAGAGGCAGACACAAGCGUAGACGCCGUCGCGAUACGUCUGCAGAUCCUGAGCUACAGGAAGUGGUGGAGCCCAUUAUUGAGCGCCUUAAUCGCACCGAAAAUCAAGUAGUGGGCGGCAGACUCACCCAGGAACACGAGCAUCCCUACAUGUGUGCCCUCGGCUGGCGUUCUUUGCGGCACGGAAAUGACAAUUCCCACACCUGGGGUCUAUCCCGAUAUGUGUUCAACUGUGGCUGUGUAUUAAUUUCGCGCAGAUACGCCCUAACCGCCGGACACUGUGCGAACGUUGGCGGGGAAUCCCCGGCAGUGGCGUUGAUUGGUGGCGUUGACUUGAACGACACCCGCGGCCAAAAAAUUGAAAUCAAGCAUAUCACACGGCAUCCCCACUACGAUGAGGAGACCCUCAGCAACGAUCUGGCUGUGAUCGAGCUGGCGAGGAGUGUUCACCAUCCGGUGGCCUGUCUGUGGACCCAGGAAUCUAUCCCAGAACAACCCCUGACAGCCCUGGGGUACGGACAGACGAAGUUUGCUGGACCCCACUCCAAUGAGCUGCUGCAGGUGCUUCUGUAUCCCCUGGACAAUCCAAGAUGCCAGCAGUACUUCCCAAAUUCUGACAAGUUGAGCAAUGGCCUCGGGCCUGGGCAGUUCUGCGCCGGCGACUCCUCUGGCCGCAUGGACACCUGCCAGGGCGAUUCGGGCGGUCCCCUUCUGCUCCUCCAGCACAUGGGACACCGCCAUCAAAGAGUACCCUACGUGGUGGGUCUCACCUCCUUUGGAGGCGCCUGUGCCACCGGGGAGCCUGGGAUUUAUGUGCGCAUUGUCCACUAUCUCCGCUGGAUAGAGCAACUUGUUUGGCCUUGAGUGAUAAUUUUCCCAUACAUAUUGUACAUUGAUUUAAUGAGUCCU